GGAGGGGCGGGGCCUCGGGGGCGGCGGCGGCGUCAUGGCGGAGGCGGCUUUGGACGCUGUGCGGAGGGAGUUACGAGAAUUCCCGGCUGCGGCAAGGGAGCUCAGCGUGCCUCUUGCUGUUCCCCACCUGGAUGAGCCCCCCAGUCCCCUCCACUUCUACCGGGACUGGGUCUGCCCCAACAGGCCCUGCAUCAUCCGAAACGCCCUGCAGCACUGGCCAGCCCUCCGGAAGUGGUCCCUCCCCUACCUCAGGGCCACCGUGGGCUCCACAGAGGUGAGUGUGGCAGUGACCCCAGAUGGCUACGCGGAUGCCGUGCGAGGGGACCGCUUUGUGAUGCCUGCUGAGCGCCGCCUGCCCCUGAGCCACGUGCUGGACGUACUGGAGGGCCGAGCCCAGCACCCUGGGGUUCUCUACGUGCAGAAGCAGUGCUCCAACCUGCCCACCCAGCUGCCCCAGCUGCUGCCUGAUGUGGAGCCCCAUGUGCCCUGGGCCUCUGAGGCGCUGGGGAAGAUGCCUGAUGCUGUGAACUUCUGGCUGGGAGAGGCAGCUGCAGUGACAUCAUUGCAUAAGGACCAUUAUGAGAACCUCUACUGUGUGGUCUCGGGAGAGAAACACUUCCUGCUGCAUCCACCCAGUGACCGGCCCUUCAUCCCCUAUGAGCUGUACACACAGGCAACCUACCAGCUAACCGAAGAGGGCUCAUUCAAGAUGGUGGAUGAAGAGGCCAUGGAGAAGGUGCCGUGGAUCCCCCUGGACCCCCUGGCUCCAGAUCUGGCCCGGUACCCCAGUUACUGCCAGGCCCAGGCACUUCGCUGCACAGUGCGGGCGGGUGAGAUGCUCUACCUGCCGGCUCUGUGGUUCCACCACGUCCAGCAGUCCCAUGGCUGCAUUGCUGUGAAUUUCUGGUAUGACAUGGAGUAUGACCUUAAGUACAGUUACUUCCAGCUGCUCGACUCCCUCAGUAAGGUCUCCGGCCUCAACUGACCAAGCCCUGGUGAUCAUCAUCAAGAACUACCCGUGGAAAAGGCCACACCUCUCCCAGGCCGGUCAACUCUAGAGGCAGCCUGGAGUCAGAGGUGCUGGCUGUCAGCCCAGUGGGGCUUAGGGUCAGCUCCAGAGGCUUGGGAGGUGGCCUGGAGCACCAGGAGGUGCCGGGCAGGUCUGGGUGUGAGCGCCCAGGAAGCUGGUGCCCAGGUGAGGCAGCAUCCUGUUCUGGAAGAGGAAGGGGCUUGGGCACCACCUCUCAUCAGCGCCAUGACCCAUGACCUGUGCCACUUACUGCCUCAGAACAGUGGUGUCCUGUCUGUAAAACAGAGAUAAUGAUGGUUCCUACCUCACGGGGUGCUGGGGGUGCUAUCUGUGAGGAUGGCAGAGGCCUGGCACGGAGGAAGUGUUCAAUAAAAGGCAUCUGUGACUCAA